AUGUCCUAUGAGCGGUUGGAGCAGGAUAUACCCCUCGAGGACCUCGACACCGAGGCCAAUUACUCCGAUCUGCUGGAGCUUUUCGACGAGAUCGAGAACUACACAAGGAAGAACCGCGUUUCUGGCGAACACGCCGACUUCACCGAGGACCCUGGGUUCCAGAAACAGAAGGAGCUGUAUUUUGGAGGGAAUGCCCUGCUGCGGAAACUGCUAAUAACUGUGUGUGUUGCUGCCGUGGCCUUGUGGCUCGUGGCUCUCAUAGUGUACUCCAAUGGAAAGGCCCAGAAGGCUACAGAAAACAUGUGGCACGGCUCGCCGACGAAUAUCGUGGCCUUAUCGGAUAGGAACGUGACUUUGAAUGAGUACCUGCCGAAGUUGGGCAACGUGUCGAUGGCAGAGUACCGCAAGGGUACCUACUUUGCAGAUGAGAAGGUAGUCCGGUGGCUUCUGAAGAAGCAACAACCGAAAGAGGGUUCUGGAGUGAUCAGAGCCGGUUUCUACAUGACGCGAGACGAUAAGGCGUUUGUUAUUCGCCAGGCGGAAACGACAUUUUCCAAAGUGGUGCUUGAAACCACCCAGUUUGAAGCCCUCAACAACUUCUUCUACGUCGACGAUCUUCUCCUCAAUCCAGGCGUUUCAGUCGAUGACGAAAACACGUGGCACUUGCUCCGAUCGGACCAUACACCGCAAUGGCGGCACCUGUCGUUUUCGUUGUACUGGCUUUGGAACCCGCUGACCGGUGAACAUAAACCAGUGGGCCCAAACAAUAAGAAAUUGGAAAAGAUCCAUUUUGCCACCUUCAGCCCUGACGGGAAGACGGUCAUCUUUGGCCACAACCAUGAUUUGUAUUUAUUGGAUCUCAGCAGCAUGAAAACCACGAGAAUCACCACCACAGGCUCCCCUGAGAUCUUCAACGGUAAACCCGAUUGGGUCUACGAAGAGGAAGUCUACCCCCACGCGACGAUGUUCUGGUGGUCCCCCGAUCUGAAGAACCUAGUCUACGCCACUAUCAAUGACACCUCCGUGAGAGACUACAAGAUGGAUUACUACAUCAAGGCUGCAGACAAGAUAGGCAUGUCGUACCAAAAUCCCCCUGACGAAACCGUGGACGAAAUAAACCAGUAUCCGCUCAGGACCAGCAUAAAAUAUCCCAAGCCAGGCACACCAAACCCCAUCAUUUCAUUAUCAAUUUACGAUGCAACUUCCGGCAAGACCUCAUCUAUCGAUCUCAACGACAAGGAGCUCGGAGAUGAUUUCGUGCUUUAUGACGCACAUUGGAUCGACUCAAACAGCCUUCUAGUGAAGGUGACUGAUCGUACCUCGACGAUUCUCAAGAAAAAGGUCUACCAAGUCGAUGCAAAACAAACCAAAUUUGUCUCGAAAACUAACAGCACGGAAUAUGGCGGCUGGAUCGAAAAGCAACAGCCAAUCACCGUGAUCGAAAAUGAAUCUGGAAACAAGUACCUUGAUAGAGUUGUGGACGACAUGUACGUUCACUUGGCGCUUUUCGACCUGGCCGUGGCAGAGAAGCCUUCCAAUAUCAUCAGCAAAAUACGGCUGGACUCUUCAGUAGCCUACAAUGCUGGUGAGGACGAGAUCUACUUCCUCACCGAAAGCAAAAUGGACCAUCAUUUCCAAGCCUAUUCCUUGAAAGAUGGCAAGACCAAGACUUUGACCACUGAUCUCGGAAAAUAUGAUAUUCUGUUCAACAACGAUGCCCAGUUUGUGAAUUUGAGGUACAGAGGCCCUCAUGAACCCUGGCAGAAGCUUGUCAACCUUGUAGAAUGGACAGAGAAUGCUCAGUUUGUCAACAAGGUUGAUCCGGUCAGCGAUACUCAGAAGCUCGCCAACACUCUUUCAAAAGUGAACGUGCCUACUCGUGUACACAGUCAAAUACGAGUUGGCCAUGCCUCUGAGGCUGCUGAGGUCAACAUGAUCGAGAUCUUCCCUCCAAACUUCAACCCCAAAAAGAAGCAUCCUUUGCUUGUUCACGUUUACGGUGGCCCUGGAUCAACCACCGUCACCGAUGACUUUGCCAUAGACUUUCAAGAUCUUGUCAGUGCCAACUUAGGAGCAGUGGUAAUGAUCAUCGAUCCUCGUGGAACUGGGAGCGAUGACUGGAAGCUCAAGACAUGGGCCUACAAACAAAUUGGGCGCUGGGAGCCUGAGGACGUCAUUGCCAUCACCAAGGACUAUAUUUUGAAGAACGAGUACAUUGACGAAAAACGCACUGCCGUUUGGGGCUGGUCCUACGGAGGAUUUACAACACUCAAAACGUUGGAACGUGAUGGCGGCGAUGUGUUCAAAUACGGCAUGGCCGUGGCGCCAGUGACUAACUGGAUGUUCUACGACUCCAUCUAUGCGGAGCGGUACAUGAAGAGUCCAAAAGAGAACGAAAAGUACAGCCAGACCGCUAAAAUUAAUGAUUUCGAAAACUUUAAGGAUGUGUCUCGGUUUUUGGUGAUGUCUGGCACUGCGGACGAUAACGUCCAUUUCCAGAACAUCCUCUGGCUUCUAGACAAUUUCAACGUCAAGGAGGUUGAAAACUACGACAUGCAUAUUUUCCCCGACAGUGACCACUCCAUUUUCUACCACAAUGCCAAUCACAUUGUCUUUGAUAGGCUUUUGGACUGGCUAGACAUGGCCUUCCGGGGCCUUUGGAAUUGA